GAAAAACAAGUGGAAAAGAGAAAUGAGAGGUGGAAUCAAAAUCCAUAUUAUUUUUCAUGGUCAAAGAACACACAACCAUAGCCAGACUUGAGAGCUAAGUUAUUCUUCCUUCCUUCUUUUCAUAGGAAUUUCGUCUGCAUUUCAUUCAAAGUAUCUCCUUUUCUGGACAUAUCUUCUACUGUUCAUAAUUCAAUUACCCAUCUAUUGUUUCUUGUUUAUUUGUUUGUUUCUUGUUUGUUUGUUUGUUUGUUUGUUUGUUUGUUUGUCAAGAUCUCAAAUUUUGAAAGUGACAGUCUUCCUACGGUCAGGACAAUUGAUAUUAUUAUUGUGGUCUGUGUGGUUCUUCAUUUUCCUGGACCCCUCCCACCCAGUUUCUCUCUUAAUCUCUCCAAGCGCGUUUUUUUGUUGAUAUCCAUUUUCUGCCCUUUUCACCAGCUGAAUCUGUUAUCCUCACCUCAUCUUCCGUUUCUUUCCCCCCAAUUUUUUUCUCUUUCUCAGCCAUAUCUUCUGUUCCGUUCUGGGCAUCCUCUUUCAUGUUUUUGUUCUUAUCUCUAGCCGUCUUUUCUCUAUUUUAUCCAAUUUAACCAGUUACUGUUGAAUUGUUGUUUCUCUGUUUUAUUAUUUGUGUGGGAUUGCUUCAUUUUCUAUCCUCAUUCCAAAGAUCAAAUUUCCUAAAUUGUGUUAAUGAAGUGAAAGAUCCAAUAUUUGUUUGAAAGAUAAUAACCCAAUUACUAGCUUGGAUCAGCUCCUUGAUUCAUUGUUCUUCUGUCAUUUGAAACUUUCCCAAUGAUGGUUAAGCUUUGGCUUUCACAUUUAGGAUUUAUUCAUUAUUCAAAGUUUUGUUGUUGUUUAGCCUGCAAAUAGAGUCUAAGUGUAGAAACUCUUCCAGGGUAGUUUUUUUUUCUUUCUUUCUCAAACUUAAUUGUAACGGAUCCAUCAACUGAAAAUAGAGGUUAUCAUUGCCUUGCUGGUCUGGAGUGCUUAAUCAAUAUCAUCAGGGCCCUUAGGAUGGGGUCCUGCUUGUCUUUUGAAAGCAGGACUCCUCCUCCUAAUUCCCCUUUGGGAGUUAGGAAGAGGAAGAACCCAAAGAAGAAGUAUGGGUCACGGAGUUCCUCAUUUGACUAUAGGAAAGAAGAAUUGGUGCAUAGAAUCCCAGGGAGAAUGUUCUUGAAUGGGUCCUCAGAAAUUGCUUCACUCUUCACUCAACAAGGCAGAAAAGGAACUAAUCAAGAUGCCAUGGUUGUAUGGGAGAAUUUCGGUUCAAGAUCAGACACAGUGUUCUGUGGUGUAUUUGAUGGCCAUGGACCCUAUGGUCAUUUGGUGGCAAAAAAAGUGAGGGACUCCCUUCCCCUAAAGUUGAGUGCCCAUUGGGAAGGGAAAUCAAAUAGUGAUGAGGUUCUCAGAGAGAUCAAUCUUAAUAGAGCUGGAAGCAUGAAUUCUGAAAGCACAUCGUUGCUCACUGCUGAUGAAGAAACCCGUUCAGCAAUUGAUGGUAAUGAACUAGGAAAAGACCCGGACAUCUUUCAGAACCUGAAAGAGUCCUUUCUGAAGGCUUUUAAAGUUAUGGAUAGGGAACUAAAGAACCAUGGAAACAUAGACUGCUUUUGCAGCGGGACAACGGCAGUUACGUUUAUAAAACAGGGUCAUCAUCUUGUGAUUGGUAAUAUUGGUGACUCAAGAGCUGUUCUGGGUACAAGAGAUAAAGAUGGUUCUCUUAAUGCUAUUCAGUUGACUGUGGAUCUCAAACCAAAUCUCCCAAAGGAAGCAGAGAGAAUUCGCAAAUGCAGAGGACGUGUUUUUGCGCUUCAAGAUGAGCCUGAUGUAUCCCGAGUGUGGUUGCCAAACAAUAACUCCCCCGGUCUUGCCAUGGCUCGUGCUUUUGGUGAUUUUUGUCUCAAGGAUUAUGGUCUAAUCUCCAUCCCUGAAAUUACUUACAGACAUCUUAAUGACAAAGAUGAGUUUGUGAUCCUUGCUACGGAUGGGGUAUGGGAUGUGCUCUCAAACGAAGAAGUCGUGAAUAUUGUUGCUUCUUCCCCAACAAGUGCCUCAGCUGCUCGAACUGUGGUCGAACAUGCGGUUAGAGGUUGGAGGUUCAAAUAUCCAACCUCAAAAGUGGAUGAUUGUGCAGUAGUAUGCCUUUUUCUAGACACAAACUCAAACUUCUCUGCUGCAACAUCCAAAAUGAAAAUUGAUUCGGAUGAUGUUAAUACAAGCAACAAGAACGAUGGAGAUUGUUCCAUUCCUGUUGGAUUGGAUUACUGUGCAACCACCCGAAAUGGUGUAGAAAUGAUCAUAGAAGAAACGAAAGAGGAGGAAGAUGAAGAAGAAGAAGAAGAAGAAGAAGAAAUGGAGGCGGAAGAAUUAGGUGUGGAAUGGUCUGCUUUGGAAGGGGUGGCUUGGGUCAAUACCUUAGUAACCUUGCCUGGGUUUGAUCCAGUCAAGGACAUGAAAGGCGCCAAGUGAGCACAUUUUUUAUCUCUUGGAUUUGUUUUCUAUAAUGAUAAAGUUCAUUUUUGGUUUUCUUAUGGGGAGGAGUAAUAGUUGGUUCUUCUACUAUUUAGUGUUGGAGAAAAAAAAAUGAGUGAGAUUUGUGUUUGUUGUAUAUUUAAUACUUUUUAUAUUCUUCCCUUUGAGAGGCUUAGAAUGCUGUAAAAAACAACUCUACAUUACCUUUUUUAUCAUUAGAUCCAUACAUUUUUUUUUUUGCUUCUUG